GGUACAGCGAUAACCGGCGGCUAAUUGGCCUAAUUGGGUUUCCGGAUGUGUUGCUUAUACGAAUCGCCAAAACACUAUAUCUGAAUACGAUUCACAACAACAAAUACACGCCGGCUUUUGCGCGCGGCCCAUAGAUUUACUUGCCCCGGGCCGUGUGUUGUGCUCGACCGUCCAACGCCGUCGCCAUCAUGUCCGUCGCAUUGUACGCCGUGGUAACGUUGAUCGCCUUAUAUCGCCUUAUCUCUGGGAUUUUUUCCUGUAUACUUAAAAAAAAGUAUUAGGUAUUUGAUGUACCUAAUGUCUACGAUAUCUACAAGUCGUAAGGGUCGACCCUCAAAGCGAUGGGUAGUUGUUGUUUUCACUGAUGCAAAAGAUUUUAGUAUUGUACCUGUUAAUUGGCUGGGCUUAGACUUAAAUCAGAUAACUUUAACAGAGUAUAACUUAUCAUCAAUUCAAUACUGCAGAUGGCCACCAUUCAAGGUGACUAGUAGUGAAUUGUUAAAAGCUGAUAAUCCAGACGAAACAUGGUCAUUGUACAAAAUAAAAAUUAAUAAUAAAAUAUAUGCAAAUUUUAAGCAGGCAUGGCAUUCGCAAGUAGAAUUGGAGACCUCUGCUGCUGAAAGUGAAGAAGCCACUCCCAAAAAAAAGAAACGUCUUUCAAAUUCAUAUUCAGAUGAAAGCGACAUUGAAGCUAAUCAUCAACUAAAAAUUCCUAUUUUAUCAGCCAAUCCAAAUGAAUUAACUACAUUACCUUCUGGCUCUAAUAAGGACCAUACAUAUUCACCAAACAGAUACAACCAGCUGAUUUCUCCACUACCAACCCCACAUUAUUUUGAACCAGUAUAUGAACCUUAUGUUCCCUCAUCUUCAAACAAUUCCCAGUACGACAUGCAUUAUUAUAAUAAUAUAAGUACAAAUCAGAUGGUCAGUGACACAUUAAUUCAAAUUCAAAAAGAGCUAAUAUCUAAUAAAUUUUUGUUGAAGCGCUUAUUAUCAAAAGUUGAAGUCUUAGAACUUAAUUCUAAAAAUAAUUGGAACUCUACAACAACCAACAAUAACUACAUUGAUUCAAGUUUUAUAUCGCUAUUUCCAAUCAGAAACAAAGAAGAAUUUUUAUCAAUUGAAAAUAAAAUUAUCAAUGAGCCUGAUUUUAUUUCUAUGCUGGAAUCAUUUAUUGGAAGUAUUGGUGGUUGUGGCACUAAAAACAACAUAACGAGAGUCUUACAAAAAUUAUUCAAUGAUGAAUUUGCUGUAAUUGCUACUUUUACUGGUCGUGGAAAAAAUAUAUUGGUGGCUUUAGGCUCUUCAGAAAUAAUUAAGCUGGUUAAAAAUUCUGAGUACGAAAGUGUGGUUGCUAAUUGGUUAAGGCAUGGAAAUACUAGAUUGAGUAGAAUCAAAUGUAUCAAAUGAUUCACUUAUAUUUAUUUAUGCAGAUAUUUAUGAAAAAAUAUGGCCUUUAGUAUAGUAUUAUAAAAU